AUGUCCGGAAGACAAGGUGGAAAGCUUAAGCCUCUCAAGGCCCCCAAGAAGAAGCAGUUUGAUGAUGAAGACGAUGAAGAUCUUGCUUUCAAGAAGAAGCAGAUGGAAGAAAACAAGAAGUUGAAGGAAAUGCAGGCCAAGGCUGCUGGCAAGGGUCCUCUUCUCAGCGGUGGUAUCAAGAAGAGUGGAAAGAAGUAA